GUCGAAGCGAUCUCACUUGGCCCCGGUCAGACUGGUCAAGGCGCUGGAGCGUUUAAUAUCCCCGGUCAACUAAGGAAUGUCUACGAGCAAAUGAGACCGAUCAAAGACAAAGCAGCCGUGGCAAAAGCGUUUGAGGAAGAGUUCCCGGGCUGUUUGGACGCCGUGGCUGCGCGACUUCGUGAGACGGAUCGCUUGCGGUGCUUGUGGAGUAUCACUCCGGACGGUCUGCCUCAUCUGGGAUACAGUAUCCCAUUGCGAAAGUUGGCACGACUCUCCCAGUUUGAUGGAGUGCAUGUGCGUGUGAUUGUAGUCUUGGUCCGGGAUAUCGCUGCGCACUUACGUGGUUCUGUUCCGUGGGAUUUGGUCCUUCCACGGGGUAAUUUUUGUCGAACUGUGGUGACUGCAUUGUUCCGAGCUCUUGAUGGUCGUAUGACACAGUUCAACUGUGUUCUGGGUUUCGAGUUUCAAUGCGCCGAGUGA